AAAAGAACAAAUUGCUUUACUGAUAUAGACUGUAUCAUUGGACCAAGGAAUCUGCAUUGCAAGAGUAGUUUUGAUCCUCGACAACUCAUAUAAAACGUGACAAUGAUUCAACAAUUAUUUCUUGGAAUGUUCAUGUUGAUGUUCAUAAAGGAUUUAGGUGUAGAUGGGCGCCUUCAUACUGGAUCGAGAAGAGAAGCGAUUGUGAACCAUCUCUGCAAAAACGGGACUUGUUCCAAAGACCACUUUUGUAACAAUCGAAACAUAUGCCGCCGUUAUAAGUUUGACGGGGAACCAUGCAAAUCACAUGAGUAUUGCAAAAGUGGCAUCUGUUUAAAUCAGACGUGCAGGGCUUGUCGAGUGGACGAUGACUGUCCUAGUAGAGGGGAAAUCCACUUACGCAAAUAUUUGCCGAAAAUAUUUCCAAAUAUUGCCGACGAUGAAGCAUACUGUCUAGAUAACGAUUGCGUAGCUUGUAAACUGGAUGAUCACUGCAAAGCAGCAAUGGUAUGUACGAGUGACAACAGAUGUGAAGAGUGCGACUCAGAUGAAGAUUGCGUCGACGGGUUUUGUUCCAAAGCUGGUGCUCACAACUGGUGCGUCCAAUGUUACAACGACACCCACUGUCCAGACAGUCAAAAAUGCUCAUAUGGGAAAUGCGUAGAAUGCAAAGAGGACAGCGACUGUUCUACUGGACGGUGUCAUUUAGCAGAAUGUGUCUCCCCAGUGUGCAACGGAGUGUGUUCAUCGGAUUCAGGCUGCAUAUCUGGCUCAUGUUAUAGAAGGUCAUCUUUUCACAGGGGUUCUAGAACCAAAUUGUUUGGAUAUUGCAAAUCUUGUAAUUAAUAAAUAAUUCAGCAAUCUUUACUGAAAUACAUUAUACCUGUAUGUUUGUUUCGAAAUAUGACAGAAUAAAAUGAUGAUUUCGAACAUAAUCUUACUUGUACAAAGCACAUGACCUAAACGCAAUAUUAAGAGUUCAACAACCUUGUAAUGUGUAAGUUGCAAUUGUAUUUAUGUACAUCUUAAUGCUGUUUAACCUGAAAUAAAAAUUAUGAAAAAAUGUCGAAUGUCGUCAAUGGCACUUUUGAACCUCAUAAAUUGUACCAUGCG